CGAUAUUCCACCCAAUAAUGCCUUCUCAUACGAAAUCCCUGCGCCAAACUAACCGCAAUUUGCGUGCACAGUUGGAUGUGCUCAAUGCCCAGCUUGUCCAGUUGCAGUCCGAACUCUCCGCCAGCCGUACAAUGAGGUCGAAGAUCGAUAAAAUCAGUUCCGAGGUCGUGGACUCUAAUCCGUACAGUCGUCUGAUGGCCCUACAGCGCAUGGGAGUGGUGGAAAACUAUGCGGCGAUCCGAGAGAAGACGGUUGCCAUAGUGGGUAUCGGUGGUGUGGGAUCAGUCACCGCUGAAAUGUUGGUUCGGUGUGGUAUUGGUCGUCUCAUUCUGUUCGACUACGACAAGGUGGAAAUGGCCAAUAUGAAUAGGCUGUUCUUUCAGCCUCACCAAUCCGGACUGAGCAAAGUGUCAGCUGCGGCGGCUACCCUAAGUUUCAUCAACCCAGAUGUAGACAUUGAGGCACACAACUACAACAUCACUCUACUGGAACACUACGAACACUUUCUCAGUCGAAUUCAAUAUGGAGGUAAAGUUUCCGGACAACCGGUCGAUUUGGUACUCAGCUGUGUGGACAACUUCGAGGCCCGAAUGACCAUCAACAAGGCGUGUAAUGAAUUGAAUCAGGUGUGGUUUGAAUCCGGUGUUAGCGAGGACGCCAUGAGUUGUCACAUACAAUUACUGUAUCCCGGACGGACGCCAUGUUUUGAAUGUCUCCCUCCGCUUAUCGUAGCCAGUGGUCUGGAUGAAAAGACGCUUAAGCGUGAAGGCGUCUGUGCUGCCUCACUUCCCACCACAAUGGGUUUGGUAGCCAGUUUGUUGGUUCAAAACUCAUUGAAAUGGCUGUUAAAUUUUGGCGAGGUUUCUAGCUACGUUGGCUACGGAGCGGCCAAGGAUUCGUUUUACCGUGUUGACCUUCGACCAAAUCCUCACUGUGCCGACAACUGGUGUUGUCGACGACAAGCCGAACGCAAGAAGCAGCUGGAAUCGCUUGGACUUCCCGCUAACGGCGCUUGGAAUGAGGAGAAGCUCCGGGAAGCUGCGAUGAAACAACAGGCGGAUGCAGCAACCGACAAGCCAAAACACGAUGACAAUGAAUUUGAAAUCGAGGUGGAAUCCGAUUCGGAACCAUCGAACAGUCACCCCCAAGGCCAGCUGCUAGGAGAAGGGGUUCGGACUAUUUACCAACCCAAUGGGAAGAGCACAGAUCCCUCAACGGACGAACAGUGUGUGGCCUCCACAGAAGAAAGCCUUGAGGCGCUGAUGGCCAGAAUGAAGCAGUUGUGAUAUAUCGAUUUUCCUCUUGAUUUUCACAUUCGUGGCUUUUUGUGGGGUCUAUUUUUUUGUUGUCUUUGUACCUACUUUGCCUAUGAAACAUUUGGGAGAUUUUGCAUUCUCAUUUUAUGCCCUGGGAUGAUCACCUUAUCGAUUCG